AUGGCAAUUCUUACGUUUGUCCUCCUUACUAUUGUAAACUGCAAAAUAAAACUGCGUGAGCAUCCUAAGACCGUGUAUGUUUCCCUAAAUUCGAGCGAAAAUACAGAUUCUAGAAUAUCUGUUGCAGUCUCCAAUAGAUUUUGCGCGUUUACUGCGAACCUUUUGAUUCCCGUUAUUGAACAAGGAGUGGUUAAUCACACUUUUCCUUCACAGACAAUGGAUCAUAUAACCGUUGAUUCCAUGAGAAUGGAUUUCUUUAGUAUUGCCGCUUUUAACCUGCGCUUUGCUUAUCCGGAUGCUCAGAAUCUGACACUACAAGCUAUUGAUGUCGCUCUCAGCAUCCCAGAAACCAGAUUUGAGUUUAAGUAUGGUGUUUUUACUUGUAAAGGUACCUUUUCAACUGAGUUAAACAAAACUUCGGUGAGCCUGAACAGCAAGCCUUACAUCCUUCACAACGGCUCUUUAAGACUGGAGCUCGAGGACACUGAGAUUACAUGGGGCAACAUGGAUAUCCACCACAAAAGUGAUGGCUUUCUAUGUAACGUUGAGGAAAGCAUUGCGCAACUUUUUAUUGGCGAAAUUAACAAAUUUGCCGAAAAAAACGUGCGCGAGAAACUGCCAAAAAUAUUAGCUUCUGAGUUCAAAACGCGGGCCGAGGAGUUUUUAUGGUCCAUUCCCUCUCAUUUUUAUGAGUUGAAUAUGACCAAAGAUCGACUCUAUAUAGAAGUGGACUUGCUUCCGGAUACUUUAACGCAACGUCGAAACGCUUACAGGCGUUUAACUUCUCCGCUAUUAUCUCCUUCAGCGCUCAGGCAGUUUCCAUCGAGGGAUAUUGUGGUGGGUAUGCCAUCUGCGAGUAUCAACCACUAUUUACAGCGCGCCCAAAGGAGGAAUUUACUGAAUUUCACACUUGUUCUCCCUCCAGGGUUUAACAGCACGACGCUGCGGUAUAUUUUACCGCAUGCCUAUCGUCUUUGUCCGAACUGCCCACUAGCCAUCAUGAUGGCAGCCACAAAGGGACCACAAGUGAAAUACUCCGCUAACACCAAGGGUGAUUUUUAUACCUACAACAACUCCCUUGAGAUGAUUAUUCGCGAUGCCAGGUUCAGCGUUGUGAUGUUGGCGGAUAUACCCGAAAAGGAGGCGGCGGUUACGAAAAGAACAACCACUUCCCGCCCGUUUGAUGUUGUUCUAAUAAAGACAAUGAAACAGGCAAAACAGCAUUUUGAGCACUACAGUACAGAGGGCACAAGGUUCGAAAAAUCCAUGGAUGCCUCUUUAAAUACCAUUCCGCUUGCUCUUUUUAGUGUAGAUUUUGUGAUGGGUGUUGCGAAUGCGCGUUUUGACGGAUCGUGCGGCAAUGAACUGUCCUUGGAUGUGCUGCCACUAAGGGAUUUAAAUAUAACCCUACUGGAGACGAACAUGGGUCCAUUGAAUACUACGGCAAUUAGGAACUGGAUAUUUGAAUUUGUAAAUUUUUUGAUCAUUCCCAUGUUUUAUACACACAACUGGCUAAAGUUACCUAUAUUGGAUGGUCUUAUUAACAUAAGUGAUCAAGAUUUGAUUGUGGGCGGAGAUAUUUCUUUCUUCUGA